GGGAAAUGUUUAUAAACAACCUGCUGUCUCAAACAGUGACGACUUGUUGUCAGCAGCUACCAAAAGUAGCUAAACGUUAAGUUUCUUUUUAACAACAUGGAGUCUCGCAGUAGUCAUUAGCGAACAUAAAUGACAUUGUCAAGUUGUGUUUUUACUGUAUCUGUGGGCGCAGUGAGAUAAAGCUGAGCAGGUGCCUUGUCAAAGUUACGCAGUAGUGUUGGCUGUGGGCAGUCAGCAGGACACAUGGCAGAGGAAGGCAACAAGUUGACACUGAGGCGCCUGGAGGCACCAAUCCACAAGUUCAUUAAAGUGGCUCUGCCCACAGACCUGGAGAGACUGCAGAAACACCACAACAACAUACUGAAGUACCAGCAUACACAGCAAUGGGACCGCCUUCAUCAGGAGCAUAUUAAUGCCAGCAGAACUGUUCAGCAGCUGAGAGCCAAUAUGAGAGAGAUGGAGAAGCUCUGCGCUCGGGUCCGUGCUGAAGACGCCGCUGCUCUGGAAAUGCUCAUCAAGCCGGUCAGAGAUAGGGCGUCAGCCGCUACGCAGGACUUCCUCUGUUUGCACUCUAACCCCGAGCCUCGGCCCGCUCCAACGACACCACCUGCCACUCAGCCAUCCAGUUGUGCAUCCAGUAGUUGCCACACUGAUGACAAUAUGGGCGAUGUUCCAGUAUUUGGCAGGCAAAGUCAGCUCCAGCUUCCAGAAAUCCCUCCUGAUCAGAGUGCAGCUGAGUCCUGGGAUAACCUGGAACAGGAUCUGAAGGAGCUGAGUGGUUUGGUGACGGAGUUUUCUCUGCUCGUCCAUUCCCAGCAGGAGAAGAUUGACAGCAUAGAGGACAACGUCAACACAGCCGCUGCCAAUGUGGAGGAGGGGACCAAGAGCCUGGGGAAGGCGGUUGGCUAUAAGUUGGCGGUGUUACCGGUUGCUGGGGCACUGCUGGGCGGUGUAUUAGGAGGCCCACUUGGCCUGCUGGCUGGGUUCAAAGCUGCAGGGGUGGCUGCUGCUCUGGGAGGUGGCGCCCUGGGGUUUGCUGGUGGUAACAUGGUCCAGAAACACCGCCAAGCCAAAGUGGAUCUACAUAUGAAACAGCUUACAGCACCACCUGAUGAACCAGAGGAAAGGAAGGACAAAUGACCCACCAGCCCUGGCUAUCCUUUGACCUCACUGACGGUCUUGUAUUGACUGACAAACCAACACCUCUGUGGUUGUUGAGCUUUAAAGAGACCUGAAUGUUGGGCGCUCGCAUUAAGCAUUGCCGUUACCAAGCACUGUGUAAAACAAUUAUGUAAUAACAGCCUUAAGAGACAUACACAUUGAUGUUCCAGGGUGAAUUAUCUUUCUGUGGGUAUAAUUUUAUACACAAUUUUUUUGUUUUUCUGUUCUUAACACAGCACCACAGUUAUUUACACUAGAUUUUUUUUUUUUGGUGUGUGUGUGUGUGUGUGUGUGUGUGUGGGGUUGACAGUUGAGCACACACCUCUUUACUAAAAACAAUGUUUGGCACCAAAAUCAAAUUACUUGUCAGAUCCUACCAAUAACGUGAGCACAAUUAAUCCACGUUGCUUAGACUUAUUUCUAGAGUGUUCCGGUUUACUGGUGGCUAUGCCUCAGAGUUGUUUUAUGCAGAAAGUAAUGUGAACAGCUUUGUGUAAUUUUAAGUGACAAUGUUUUUAUGAUAUUGAUGCAGAAAAAUUCCUGUCCAUGUCACUUCAGGGACUGAAGUGACUAAUUAUUCUGCUGAUGCCAAA